ACUGAUAUAGGUAAUGAUCGCUAUCGUUGAUUUUCGUUCUCCUUAAUUGUCUUUUGUAAUUGCAUGAAAAACUCCACACUCCUAGUCCUAAAGUUCAAUGAAAAACUCAAGUAUCUUUGAUUCUUCAAAAUACCUACAGUAGCAUCUGAACCAGGGCGGUGGGGAAAGAUGGGUUUGGAGGCAUUGGUUUGGUAUUGUCGACCUGUGCCAAAUGGGGUUUGGGCAACAACAGUGGAUAAUGCAUUUGGUGCAUACACACCCUGUGUUGUUGACUCCCUAGUCAUUUGCAUUUCUCAUCUGGUUCUUCUUGGCCUUUGUUUGUAUCGAAUAUGGUUGAUUACUGACAAAAAUUCCAAAGCUCAACACUAUUGUCUCAGGACAAAUUACUAUAAUUACUUGUUGGGAUUGCUGGCUGCUUUUUGCACAGUCCAGCCUUUAUUCAGGUUGUUUAUGAAUGUUUCAAUCUUCAAUCUGGAUGGGCAGACUGCUCUCGCUCCCUUUGAGAUGGUCUCCUUGAUUGUUGAGGCCCUUUCCUGGUGCUCCACUCUUAUUAUGAUUGGUUUGGAAACAAGAAUAUACACUCAACAGUUUCGAUGGUAUGUGCGGUUUGGAGUCAUUUAUGUGUUGGUAGGGGAAGCGGCAAUGCUCAAUCUCAUUCUGUCACUUGACAAAUUUCUUAAUCAUUCCCAAAUAUUACACACACCUCAAUUAUAUCUUGCUGUGUGGUUACUUUUGUUGCAGGUUUUGUUUGGGAUACUUCUACUUGUUCAUAUUCCCAAUUUGGAUCCUUGUUCAGAUUAUGUUAUGAUGGAACCUGAGUCUCCUGAUAAUAGUGCAUAUGAAGCACUUCCUGGAAGACAGCAAAUAUGUCCCGAGAGGAAUGCCAACUUAUUUUCUAGAAUAUUUUAUUGGUGGCUGACUCCACUCAUGAAGCAAGCCCAUAAAAGACCUAUUAGUGAAAAGGAUGUUUGGAAGCUAGACAUAUGGGACCAGACUGAGACAUUGAUGAACAAGUUCCAGACUUGUUGGGUUGAAGAAUCUCAAAGGCCAAAGCCAUGUCUUUUAAGAGCACUAAACAAUAGUCUGGGGGGAAGGUUUUGGUUAGGAGGAUUUUUUAAGAUUGGCUAUGAUCUUUCUGAAUUUGUGGGACCUGUUGUAUUGAGCCACCUCCUGCAGGUUCAUUCCUUUAUUGGCAUUAACUUAUUCUAUGUAAUGUUCUGUUUUGCUGUUAGGCUAGAAUCUUCUUUAAUGGCCCUUUGGUUUGCCAUUGGUCAAAUAUCAUUUGGGAAGGCAAUCUUGUUGAACAGAAUGACACAACUAACUAAGGAAGGAUUGCAGAGGACAGACAAAAGAGUCAGCCUCAUGAAUGAAAUCUUGGCUGCCAUGGACACUGUGAAAUGUUAUGCAUGGGAGAAGAGCUUUCAAUUUAGGGUUCAAAGUGUGCGGAAUGAUGAGCUGUCCUUGUUUCGCAGUGCCCAAUUACUAUUUGCUUUCAACAGUUUUAUGGUGAAUAGCAUUCCAGUUGUUGUGACACUUGUUUCAUUCAGCACAUUCACCUUGCUUGGUGGAGACCUGACCCCUGCAAAGGCUUUUACAUCACUUUCUUUGUUUCAAGUGUUAAGAUACCCUCUAAACAUGCUUCCUAACUUACUGAGCCAGGUUGUAAAUGCAAAUAUAUCAUUGCAACGCUUGGAGGAACUGUUUCUAGCUGAAGAGAGAAUUUUAGCACCAAAUCCACCUCUUGAACCAGGAAUUCCAGCUAUCUCAAUUGAAAAUGGGAACUUUUCAUGGGAUUUAAAGCUAGAAAAUCCAACAUUGACAAAUAUCAAAUUAAACAUACAAGCUGGCAGCUUAAUUGCAAUCGUUGGUGGGACUGGAGAAGGAAAAACAUCACUUAUAUCAGCAAUGCUUGGAGAGCUGCCUCCUAUGGAAGAUGCAAGUGUUGUUAUAAGAGGGACUGUUGCAUAUGCUCCUCAAGUUCCAUGGAUCUUCAAUGCCACAGUUCGUGACAACAUAUUAUUUGGGUCAAAAUAUGAACCUUCACGAUAUGGGAAAGCUAUUGAUGUAACUGCAUUACAACAUGAUCUUGACUUAUUUACAGGCCAUGACCUCACUGAGAUAGGUGAAAGAGGAGUCAAUAUUAGUGGUGGGCAGAAGCAAAGAAUUUCCAUGGCCAGGGCUUUCUACUCCAAUUCAGAUAUAUACAUUUUCGAUGACCCUUUAAGUGCUUUAGAUGCUCAUGUUGCCCGACAGGUCUUUAACAGUUGUAUUAAAGAAGGGUUGCAAGGAAAAACCAGGGUUCUUGUGACAAACCAGCUACAUUUCCUUCCACAAGUGGAAAAAAUUAUUUUUCUCAGUGAAGGUAUGAUUAAAGAGGAGGGAACCUUCGAGGAACUCUUUAAAAACAGCGAACUAUUCCAGAAGCUGAUGGAAAAUGCAGGGAAAAUGGAAGAGCAAGUGAAAGAAAAAGAGAACAGUGACAAUUUGGACCACAAAAGCUCAAAAGCAGAAACUAAUUGGGAAAAUGAGUUGCCACAAAAGGCAGGCUAUACAAUGAAAGGGAAAGAAGGGAAGUCUAUUCUCAUCAAGCAAGAAGAACGAGAAAGAGGUGUUGUCAGUUGGAAUGUUUUGAUAAGGUACAACAACGCAUUAGGAGGUGUAUGGGUGGUUUCAAUACUUUUUCUGUGCUACUUAUUAACUGAAGGUUUUCGAGUUUCAAGAAGUACAUGGUUGAGUUUUUGGACAAAUCAAAGCACUUUGGAGAGUUAUAGGCCAGGAUACUUCAUUUUCGUGUAUGGACUUCUAUCAUUUGGUCAGGUGACUGUGACACUAGUAAACUCUUAUUGGUUAAUCAGUUCAAGUCUUUAUGCGUCCAAAAGACUUCAUGAUGCCAUGCUAGAUUCCAUCCUACGGGCUCCAAUGCUAUUCUUCCACACCAACCCAACUAGGAGGAUAAUCAAUAGGUUUGCGAAGGAUGUAGGUGAAAUAGAUCGUAAUGUUGCCAAUUUUGCCAACAAUUUUCUAAACCUAGCUUGGCAGUUACUUUCAACUUUUGUGCUGAUAGGCACUGUGAGCACAAUAUCAUUGUGGGCCAUAAUGCCACUUCUGAUCUUAUUUUAUUCAGCCUAUCUAUAUUAUCAGAAUACAUCCCGUGAAGUGAAACGUCUGGAUUCCAUCACCAGGUCUCCAGUUUAUGCACAGUUUGGAGAAGCAUUAAAUGGUUUGUCAAGUAUUCGUGCUUAUAAAGCAUAUGAUUGGAUGUCCAUCAUCAAUGGGAAGUAUAUGGACAAUAAUAUUAGAUUUAGUCUUGUAACUAUUAGUUCAGAUGGUUGGCUUGCCAUAAGGUUGGUAACUUUAGGAGGGAUGAUGAUUUGGUUGAUAGCGUCAUUUUCAGUUUUGGGGAAUGGAAGAACUGAAAAUCAUGUGGGAUUUGCAUCUAUAAUGGGUCUACUUCUUAGUUACACUUCGAACAUCACUGAUUUGUUGAGUAAUGUUCUAAGACAAGCUAGUAAAGCUGAAAAUAGCUUAAACUCUGUUGAGCGUGUUUCCACGUAUAUAGAUUUACCCUCCGAAGCUCCAGCCAUAGACAAGAACAAUCGUCCUCCUCCUUCUUGGCCUUUGUCAGGAUUAAUUAAAUUUACGGAUGUUGUUCUACGUUACAGGCCCGAGCUUCCUCCAGUCUUACAUGGUUUGUCCUUUGCAGUCUCACCUACUGAAAAGCUAGGAAUAGUCGGAAGAACUGGAGCUGGGAAAUCUAGCAUGUUAAAUGCAUUGUUCCGUAUCGUAGAACUGGAAAGAGGAGAAAUCACCAUUGAUGGUUGUGAUAUUACUAAGUUCGGACUGACAGAUUUGAGGAGAGCUCUCAGUAUCAUACCACAAUCACCAGUUCUCUUUUCAGGGACUGUGCGAUUUAAUCUUGAUCCAUUCAGUGAACACAAUGAUGCUGACCUAUGGGAGGCUUUAGAGAGGGCACAUUUGAAGGAUGCUGUUAGAAAUAGUUCUUUUGGUCUGGAUGCUCAGGUUUAUGAGGGAGGGGAGAGUUUUAGUGUUGGACAGAGGCAACUACUAAGUCUCGCUCGAGCGCUGCUGCGAAGAUCUAAGAUUCUUGUUCUUGAUGAAGCUACUUCUUCUGUUGAUGUUAGAAUUGAUGCUCUUAUCCAGAAAACCAUCCGAGAAGAAUUCAGAUCCUGCACAAUGCUAAUUAUCGCUCAUAGACUAAAUACCAUUAUUGACUGUGACAGAAUUCUUGUGCUUGAGGCUGGUCAGGUUUUAGAACAUUCUACCCCAGAGGAACUGCUAUCAAACGAAGGAAGCGCAUUCUCUAGGAUGGUUCAAAGUACAGGACCAGCAAAUGCACAGUACUUGCAUAGCCUGGUGUUUGAAAGCAAAGAGAACAAGUUAAUGUUUAUACAUUCCUGAUAAUGUCAAACAAUCUUACUUCUUAGCUAAAGAAAAGAUUUUACUCCUUCCCAAGUUGAUGUUUUUGGGCCAAUAAAACUAUUAGGAUGCCAAUUGAGCAAAUUAGAUGAGGUGUGCAUGUCAAAAGCUUGCACAUUCUAGGAGAUAAUUGCUGCUGCAUGAGGUCUUGGUUAUUUGCAUAAAGAGCCUGCAUGUUCACUAUCAAGAUGCAGUUCACAAUUUCUUCGGUUCUACACCUGCAGAGAGCGAGGGAGGUAAUAUUUUAUGUCUUCAUUGUGUAACUCACAGCAGAGAGGCAAGUUAAACUAUGAUUUCGUAAUAAUUGCUUCAGCUGUUAAAUAAUUUGAUGCUGUAGCUUCUUGUGGACCUCAUUGUUAGGUUGUUUCGAUGUCAACUCCAAUUUGUUACAAGAAUUGCAAAAGUGACGAUGCCAAUUUUGCAACUUAUUUUAGCUCUUUCUUUCA